UGUUGCUGAUGCCCACACUUGUCGUCAGACGCUAUUCAAUGAUCAACAGCAGCUUCACAUUGGGGCAAAGCGGUAAAUCCGCCAUAACUUGAACGCAUCAAAAGAAAACUGCGUCAGUACGCGCACGGACGUAAGCAGCUCGUCCAAUCAGGUGCGGAGAGCGAGGCUCAGGGAAGAAGCAGAUGAUAUGGCAGCUUUGAGAGCGACCAGGUGGAACUUGCUUUGUUCAUGCGUCUAAACCUCAGGACAUGAACACACUGUGACUCCGAGACGGCGUCGGGGCAGCUGCUCAAGAUGAUUUACCUGAUCCUAAUUUCCGUGUUCUCCGGAGCGGUCGCCACGUUGAUAGUUCAGUUCCUGCUGAUCUACCGGAGGAGCCCGGAGCCCGCAGGCAGGACGGUGCAGUAUGUGAAAGUGGUGCCUGAAAACGCACUGAAGGAUUACUUUAAUACCCAUCAUGCCGAGGCAGGACAGCAGCAGCAGCAGGACAACACGGCAGCAGCGGCCGCCGCACACAGGCAGCAGGAGGCCGCCUCGGCGCGGCAGCAGGAAGCGGCUGGCACCGGCGGCAGCCCCAAACAGCCGGCGACCCGCAGCGAGCCCGGGGACGCCAACAAACCCGAGACGUGCAAUUUCCUCAACGCUAUAUUCCUAUUCCUGUUCCGGGAGCUGCGCGACACCCCGGUGGUCCGACACUGGCUCACCAAGAAGAUCAAGGUGGAGUUCGAGGAGCUGCUGCAGACCAAGACGGCGGGUCGCCUCCUGGAGGGGCUCAGCCUCAGAGACAUCUCCCUGGGCAAUUCUCUGCCCGUCUUCAAGAGCGCCACACUCAUGAAGCCGGUGCACCUGAACGAGGACGGCAUGCCGGAGGAGCUCAACUUCGAGGUGGACAUCGAGUACAAUGGCGGCUUCCACCUCGCCAUCGACGUGGAGCUGGUGUUUGGGAAGUCUGCCUACCUGUUCGUGAAGAUGCGGCGCGUGGUGGGUAGGCUGAGGCUGCAGUUCACGCGCAUGCCCUUCUCCCACUGGUCCUUCUCCUUCCUGGACGACCCGCUCGUGGACUUCGAGGUGAAGUCUCAGUUCGAGGGGAGACCGCUGCCCCAGCUCACCUCCAUCAUAGUCAACCAGCUGAAGAGGGUGAUCAAAAAGAAACACACGCUGCCCAACUACAAAAUCAGAUACAAGCCCUUCUUCCCGUUCCAAGUGCAGCCGUCGCUGGGUUCGGCCUUUGAUCUGGACCUGUUGGUGCAGGAGAGCAAGCUGGGGGAAGGCAGACUCAAAGUCACCCUCAUUGAAUGUAGCAGACUGUUCAUCCUGGGCUCCUAUGAUAGAGAAACCUAUGUCCACUGCACUCUGGAGCUGAGCAGCCACCAGUGGAAGGAGAAGACUCGCAGCUCCAUCAAACGGACGGAGGUUAUCAAGGGGCUAUGUGGCAGCGUUGGGAUGACCUUCAGGCAUGUUCCUGCCACUGAGGGGGACGCAGUCCACGUCAGCAUUGAGACGGUCACAGCCAACUCUCCUGCAUCCACAGCAGAUCUGCAGAGGGGCGAUCGCCUCAUUGCCAUUGGAGGUGUCAAAGUGACAUCCUCAGUUCAAGUACCCAAACUGUUGAAGCAGGCUGGAGACAGGGUAGUGGUCCUUUAUGAGAGACCGGUUCGUCACCAGACUUCCUCUUUGGGAAGCUUAGGAACUCUUCAGGAAGGCUUUGGGCAGCUCGAAGAAACCGGUUUUAUCCCUCAGCCAGGUGGCUAUGAGGAGGACCCAGCCCCCAUCACCACCCUUUCUGACAUAUCCGAUGGCAAAGACAUGGACUCUGAGUUUGAAGAGUUGAUUGUGGACUCCAAACCUAGUCAGACUGGUAGCCCUCACAGUACCACAAAUACCAGUGAAACUAAGGAGGAUUUCUUACUUACAGUAAACCAAAGCCCCAAAAGGACUGUGGCCAACUUGGCCUCCAAGCCCCUUGGUUCCAUAUCACCCAUUCUAAACCGCAAGCUUAACCUGGUGGGUCUUCAGUCACCAUUAAAGCCUCAUCCCAAAGAAUCACCAAAGCCCUCACCACAUAAGACCAGUAGUGAUCCAAGUGAGGGUCUGCAGCGCCCCACUGUUCCUCCCCCACCUCCUCCCUCUCGCCCUCCAGUGCCGCCAAGACCUCAGAUAAGGUUGACAACAGCCUCUUCAGAAACCAGUCUUUUUGAAAGUGUCGAUUCUGCUACAACUUCUAAUGCAACUGUUGCUCCUAUAGUGACUGCCGCUAGUAGUGCUUCUGAAAAAUCUCCAGAAAAGGUUCCUCUCACUGGAGCCAAUGAGGAGAAGGCUGGCACAGAGAAAGUAUGUGUCAAACAGGCUGACACAAAGCAGUCCACUAAGCCAAACGAGUCCACUGAUGAGCUGCCAGCCCUUCCCACUGCAACCAGCUGUAGCAAGGCUGAUCAAGCAAAGGAAAAAGCUUCAGAGAGCUCGUGCAGCACACGAGACAGUCUAGAAGACCACUCCAUUUGGGAAUCUCCAGAAACCAUGUUUCGUAAUCAGACAGCACGCUGGCCCAAAGCCUCAAUGGUGUUUGAUGUAGAGAGCAAUCACAAGUACCUUAAUGUGGCCCUGUGGUGCAAAGAUCCCUUUAAGCUGGGUAGUUUGUUGUGUCUGGGUCAUGUGAGUCUCCGACUGGAGCAUGUAGCCCUGGAAUGUAUGGCCACAUCUUCAGCAGAGUACCAGAGCCCCUUUAGGCUUGGGCCUCCAGAGCCCAGAGCCAAUGUCAGCCGCACUGCACUACGAAGUCUCGGCACCCACAAGGGCUUCAAUGAAAAGCUGUGUUAUGGAGAUGUGACCCUGAACUUCUGCUAUUUAGCUGAGGGUGACUUUGAAUUUCCAGGGGGUCUGGUAGAAAAAGAGCGAGAGGGAAGUCUUCUUGAUGAAGAUUUAAAGGAGAGGGAGAGGGAACAUAUCCCUUCAACACCACGGGAUGACUUGGCCUUUGGCACCAUGCAGUUGGUAGAGGUUCGUCACAACUUCCAGGACACACAGUUCCAGAACCCCACCUGGUGUGAAUACUGCAAGAAGAAGGUUUGGACCAAGGCAGCCUCUCAGUGUAUGAUCUGCGCCUAUGUUUGCCACAAGAAGUGCCAGGACAAGUGCCUCUCUGAAAAUCCCUUCUGUGUGGCAGCAACUGAACGUCGUGGAGCUGACCCUGAAGCCAAAUCCACCAUUACCCGGGCAACUGGACUAACGCGCCAUAUCAUCAACACCAGCUCCCGCCUGCUUAAUCUGCGGCAGGUACCUAAGACUCGGCUAGUUGAGCAGGUGGUUGAUGUGGUGCCUGGAGCGGUGGAACCCUCACCCAAGCAUACACCCAACACUUCAGACAAUGAGAGCAGUGAUACUGAGACCUACACCAGUGGUGCCAGCCCCUCAAAGCAGCCCGUCAGCUGUGCUGGUAGCAGUAAACUUGUACGCAAGGAAGGAGGGCUGGAUGACAGUGUGUUCAUAGCUGUGAAGGAGAUAGGGCGGGACCUGUACCGGGGGCUGCCCACAGAUGAGCGCUCCCAGAAGCUUGAGUUGAUGCUGGAUAAACUGCAGCAGGAAAUUGACCAGGAGCUGGAGCACAAUAACGCCCUUAUGCUAGAGGACAAAGAGGCCACAGAUGCCCGUCGCAAAAACCUUAUUGGUACUGCCCUGGCCAAGUCUGGGGAGAGACUGCAGGCCCUUACCUUGCUAAUGAUCCAUUACCGGGCUGGGAUUGAAGACCUAGAGUCGGUGGAGAGCACCUCUCCUUCAGAGCAGCAAGGUUUUAAAGGAAAAGGAGAAGGCCUAGAAGACGAAGCCUUGAUGGGGACAGAGGUCUAUGACAGUGACAUCGGCAGCCCAGUGGAGGUGCAACUGCUAGAUGACAUUACCGAGGAGCAGAUCUGUGUGGAAGCACUCCACUAAAUAAGACUAGAGAAAUAAAUAAGAGGAACAUGCUCUGUGCACCUUUCCUUCUAUCAAACAGUAUCCUUUUGGACAGGAAUUGCAGCAGUCAGUUUUAAAUAUUGGGGUUGUGAGGUCCAGUUUUUGAUCCACUUCAUUUUUACAUGAAAGAUAUGAUAGGAAAAUGAAUUUUCUCCCAAAUAAUUCAUGGUAAUCCUGUCAUUGAUGUUUUGAUUUGCACAGUGUAAUGCAGUCCCCAUGCUUUCCAUGUGUCUCUGGGGUUUAAAAGGGAAACUUGAAAGCUACACUUAUCUGCCCUCAGUAGUGCUGCACAUUAAUCCUUCAGUUUAGUUUUUCUCUGCAAAAGGUCAUUGUAACAAUUUGAUUUGGUUUGCUUUCUUGUCUGUAACUGCUUUGGCAUAAGGACUUGGGACUAUGUGCACAUUUAUGUGCUGCUAGUUUGAAUUAUCUUCAUUUUGGAGAAAUAGUAUGUAUUUAAUAUUUGUUGAUAUGAAGGUGAAAUAUUGGAGUCAAUAUCAAUGUGAACACUACUAAGGGAAAGUAGGUUUACACAUCCACCUCUGUGUUUGUCUAAUUACCCUGCAAGCAGUCAUACAUAUCUUUUGCUUUGAGCACUGUUUACCGUAAUAUAUUUGGAUUUUAGAAGUGACUUUCCCUGCUCAAAAGCUCUUUGUGAUUUCAGCAUGAUUAUAAGUAAAACCUAAUAUAUAAUUUGCCUCUUUCUGUUGAUUUAUUUGUUUGUCUUAGUAAGGCCAAACAUGUUGUUACCCAUAGUUCCUUCCUUCAUAGUUUCCUUUGAAGGAUGAAGACAUUUUAUUUUUUGGGGUUCUAUUUCUUUUCUAAUAUGUAUGUAUGGUUUUCUCUUGACAGGUUACAUUCUGUUCAGAUUACCAGAUGAGAUGAGAAAGGCACAGAAUUGCCUCUUUUUCAUUGAUUGUUACCAAGGAUCUCUCAUGAUGUUGAAAUUGUUGAUGUUGAAAUGUUGAAACAUUUGUUUAUUUACCUGCUUGAAUGUGUUUUCUUUCUAUGCUUGUUGGAACAAAUGUUGAUCUGAAACCCUUGUUGUGAUAAAAGAUUGCUUUGUCCUAACAGCUGCAAUUGGGUUUACAUUGGGGCUAAGGGUUGGGGUCAGGCAUUUACUUGGUAUGUUAAGCGGCUACUUCAAGGAGCUGUGAUGUUAAGUGGUGCUCUUGUGGCUUUGUGAGUUGUUUUCAUACCCAAAUGAACGUAUGUUUCUGUUUUUGUUUCUAUACAACUGUUUGGCACCACUUUCCCUUGUUUUCCAGCAAAACCAUCAAUCAAGCAUUGAUGUAGCCUAUUACAAUAAUCUAUCAGCACUAUCUACUGCUCCCAAAAUGCCUUGCUGUUCAUCCUGUACACCCUUACAGAGCAACUGGAAAACAAUUGCUUGUCAAGACGUUAUAUGUUACUUCUGUGUAUCUCAAGGAAACAUCUAUCCUAAACCACUGACAAAUUUCUGAAUCUAUUCUGUUGAAGAUGUUCUUUUCUUUCUUUCUUUAUUCUGAUGGUUAUCUUGCCAAUCAGUGCCACAUCAGAUAUUUCCAGCACAGCAAAUACAAUUGAGUUUGAUUGGGUUUAAAUAAACAGGUUGAGUUUAGGAGCUUUCUCUAAAUAUGAACAAGGAUCAGAACAUCAGAAUUGCGGCGUUCAACAAAUUGUCAGGGUGAACUCAUAGUAGACAGAAGUGUAGUGCCAAUGUUUGACAGAAAGCGAUGUGCUGUUCAGAACAAAAACAGCCAGUCAAAUAUAACGGAUGAUUAGCUUGAAGGCUGACCAUAAUCUCCAACCCUGAAUAACAGUAAAUAUUACCAGAAUGCAUAGAAAAUCAUUAAGCAUUUAUCAUUGCAGCAGCCUAUGCCCUGUGAGUUGAGAUAAAUUUAGAUGUCAACUAAUGGUAUAAGAGAAGUAAUGAGCCAGACUUGAGCCUUGAUCAUACUUGGUGGACUUCACUCCAGUGGCAGGUUUGCAGAAGAGGACACGUUUCACACAUGUACACAAGAAAACAUAAUUUUAGCCCUCUGGACAGUGAGAAGAUGAGCUGCUUUGUUCGGCCGAACAACAUAAGAAAUUCCCCAAAACGGUGAAUGACUGCAAUGACACGCGAAAGGAUGCGGAAUACAGUACAAACAUCAUGACAUGCAUACAUUGCAGUACACAGUUAUCCAAUUCACUUUUCUGGCGCAUGCACAGUCUGCGUGCUUGCUGUGUGAACAGUCUGUGUAGUGUCAUAUUUUGGGUCGCAUGCAGAUCAGAUAGGGCACACGCGAACCUUGGCUGACUCGGGCAGAUUGCAAAUCUUUUUGUGGGCACCCAGAUACAGAAUGCAUGAAUUGGCCUUUAGUGGACACAAAGGACUAUUUCAUGCGAUUUUUAGUAUAUUCGAUAUGUUGCUCAUGUAGAUAUUGGCUUUUCAGCUGCUAUUGUCAAUCUCUCUCUGUCACUGUAUAUUCAGAUUUUUGUGCAAUAUUUUUGUAGGAAAUGAAACUGGUAAUCUGCAAUGAAUCCCAAUGUCUGUGAUUGUUCUUCUUUUUCUCUGAAAGUGUGUAGUUGAUAUGCCCAUCAUCCUUAACCUGAUGUUGGCGCCCAAUGGAAAUCUGAGAGGAGUUCACACUGUAAACCCGUCUUAGCCUGAGAAGCACUGCUAUUGCUGCUGCUGUUGUUUCAAUGUGCUCUUCCACGGAACUCAUAAUCAUAUGCUUCUGCCACCCAUCCCCCAGUCCUAACCUUUGAAACUGCACCCGCUGUACGCUUGUCCUCCACAGCUUUCAGCAGGUCGACAUGGUGUUUGUUUCUUUUUGUGUACGUGAGGGAUGUAGUACAGCUUUCAAGGAGGCUCAUGUGAUGAAGCUUUAUUGUCCAUAACCCAAAUAAACAAGCUCAAAAUGGUU